UUCGUCCCCUGGAUCCCGUGGCCAAGAUGGAUCUGCUCGCAGCGUAUGCGUCGAGCGACGACGAAGCGGCACCGAGGACGUCCACGAGUCUGACGGUGGUCAAUUCGACGCCAGAUGUUAUUGUGCCCUUGCGGAAGACGGAGCUCCUAGCAGCGAAUGCGAAGGUGUUGGCACUGAACCAACCCAUUUCCAUGACGUCGGCCCGAGUACUGGGGCCGUUGAAUCCAUUUCAGCGGCACGCACCGGUGCAAGUUGGCGCCGGUCGCGAGAUUGUGACAGGCGUGGUGGAAACGACGGAGAUGGAGGACUUUUGUUUCGACGAGGAGUACCACCAACAGCAGUUUCGCCAUUCCGGCCCGCCGCAACCCAAGCGACCCAAGGUCAAGGCCACGACAUACGACAAGGACGUAGGGACAGAGUCCGAGCACGGCAUCUGGGCCCCUGUUGCGAAGGAGAACUUGUUCUGGGUCCCGUCAGACAAAGAAAGGGGUACCAUGACCGACGCGCAAAAGGAACUGUUGGCCGAGAAUGAACGGAAGAAGGCAUCCCGCAACCGAGAAGAGGAAGCAGACAUUGACUUUGACCGCAUGAUUGAACGCAAGGUCGCGCACUUGCUGCCGCCCCGCCUUGCCGCCGGCGCCACCGCCAUCGAACCAAAAACGGCGUACCUGGGCGAGAACGAGUUUGAUUACCAGGGGCGGUCGUGGGUGGACCAGUACCCUCGGGAAUUAAAGCCUGGCCUCGAUCACAAAGUAUUUUUGCCCAAAAAGCCAAUAUUCCAGUUCGAAGGCCAUACAAAGGGUGUCCAAGCGAUUGAGCUCAUCCCCAAGUAUGGCCAUCUCUGUCUGAGCGCCAGCUUGGAUGGUACUGUGCGUAUAUGGGACAUGAACAACGACCACCAGUGCAAACGCAUCUACCAAGGCCACAAGGACGCCGUUCGCGCCAUCAAUUUUGCUCCAGAUGGCGCGACCUUCCUCACGGCCAGCUUUGAUCGGUACAUGCGACUGUGGGACACGGAAACUGGACAAGUGAAACAUACGUUUACGAAUCGACGGGUGCCAUAUUGUGUCAAGUUUCAUCCGGACGAAAGCAACCAGUUUGUGAUUGGGGACUCGAACCACAUGAUUGUCCAAUUUGACGUGCGCAGUGGGGAAAUCGUCCAAGAGUACAACCACCAUUUGCAAACUGUGAAUGCCGUCACGUUUGUCGACGACAACCGACGAUUUGUGUCGACAUCAGACGACAAGAAGAUCUUGAUUUGGGAGUGGGGCAUCCCCGUGCCCAUUAAGUACGUGUCUGAGCCAGGCAUGCACUCGAUGCCGUCGACGACUUUGCACCCGAGCGGGUCGUACUUUGCUGGCCAGUGCCUCAGCAACCAGAUCGACGUGUACACAGCACGCGAUAAGUUCAAGCUGCAGCGGAAGAAGACAUUCCGAGGCCAUUCGUGCUCGGGGUACGCGUGCCAAGUGAACUUUUCACCGAAUGGCCAGUACGUGGUGAGUGGCGAUGGCGAAGGCCACGUGGCGUUCUGGGACUGGAAAACCACCAAAAUGUACAAGAAAAUGAAAGCGCACAAUGGACCGACCAUGGGUGUGGCGUGGCACCCGAUUGAACCAUCGCGAGUGGUCACAUGUGGGUGGGAUGGAUUGAUCAAAUGCUGGGAUUAAUCCCUAGAUCGAUACAAAAAUCCCUACUCUGACAUUACCAGGCCCUGAAGACCCUUCUUUAACCGAAUCGACAAUAUCGCUUUUUUAAUAAUACUUGCACUCACUUUAUCCCCCAGGGUAUAAAGGGUCCGUGUGGUAACGUGAAAUAUAUUAGAGUAUUCUAGCCGAAAACGC